AUGCCACUAUUAAUUGGCAUCAAAACUAUUUACACAAAAAUUAUUAUUUUUUUGGUAAAAAAAAAAAUAAUUUUAGAAAAUUUAUGGAUCAAAGUGCUAAUUUUGUUUAAAUGAGAUGCCAUUUAUACUCUAUUCUUUAAAAUAAAGCAAGAAAUAAGUGAAUUUUCAAUUUUUGUAAAGAAUUCGCAUUGAAUUUAUAUCAAAAUAAUUUAA